UCAGUGCUGACGCGUACCGUUGGCUGGCUGGCCGUGUCGUCGACGAUCCGAACGUUUCGUGUGUUUCGUACCGGCCUCGUUUUUUACCUAGCUUUUACUACACAGUAAUAUUGUAUACUAGCUGCGCCGGGGACGGUUUCUCUUUCUACGUGCAACCGUCCAUCGUUUGGCCUACCGUCCAUGUAUUAGUGUGUGUGUGUGCGUGCCCGCUUUUUUCUCGUCUACCUACUUGCACUGACGCACGAUCGCGUGCCUGUGAUCGAGUGGUGUGCAGGCGCGGGAGAGCUGUAGAGCCGAUGUGGAAAUAUCGGGAGAUCUGUUGUGCUGUUCGGUGGCGGCGCUAAGCGUUCAACGAGAAGAGCAGAGUGGCGAGUGGCGAUCGGCUGGAACUGCGAGUGUGAGUGCGAGAAGCGGGGAGAGAGCGCGAGUGAGAGAGAAAAUAUGCAGCGUGCCUGGGAACUCGAGGACGACAAGUGCAGCCAUAGCGAAGAAGAGGCUGAGCUGGCAGUGAAAAAGCGCAGAGGAGCCUUCAAAAAGCGACACUGAGUCGAGUGUGACGAGCUGCUUGCGUGCAGUUUUAGUUGAACAGCCCGAGAUAAGCUAAGCGCAAGUUGGACUGUGCAGUACAGAGAUCGGGCAGCAGCAUCGACUAGCGCGUACAUAAGUGCAAAUAAGACCGAUACAAGAGGAGAGUCGUAGUUGAGAGAGGGAGAAAGCUGUUGUGGUAGCCGUUCGUUCAGUGGUUGUCAGUGUGUGAGUGCGAGUGCGUGCAGCAGCAUAUAGGCAGAACAGCGCAUAUAGGCAGCGCGCAGCUCUGCGUGCGAGCGAUAAGAAGCCCAAGGAAAGAACAAGAGAGAAGAGGGGGGAGGGGCAGUCGUCCACAGUCUCACACAUAGGCAGCAGACGAGAGCAAGAAUGGCUGCGGAAGCAGCGAGCAAGAAGGCGGAGCGCGAGGCCCUGCGAGGCGUCAUUCAACAGUGGAACGCCAACCGGCUGGAUCUCUUCGAGCUCUCCGAGCCCAACGAGGAUCUCGAGUUUCACGGCGUGAUGCGCUUCUACUUCCAAGACAGCGGCCAGAAGGUGGCGACCAAGUGUAUCCGCGUGGCCAGCGAUGCCACCACCCAGGCGGUCAUCGAGACCCUCAUCGAGAAGUUCCGCCCGGACAUGCGCAUGCUGUCCGUGCCCGAGUACGCGCUCUACGAGAUCCACGAGAACGGAGAGGAGCGCAAGCUCGGCCUGGAGGAGAAGCCGCUGCUGGUGCAGCUCAACUGGCACAUCGACGACCGCGAGGGCCGCUUCCUGCUGCGACGCAUCGACGACAAGACCAACGCCCAGGGGGUGGGCUUCAGCGAGGGCUCGAGCUUCCGGCGCAAGCUCAGCAAGCGCGAGAAGAAGCAGAUGAAGAAGCAGGAGAAGCUCGGCCGGUUGAAGAGCGCCGAGAGCCAGGACGAGAGCCAGGCGCCGCUCGACCAGAACGGCGUCGCCGAGAAGCUCUACACGGAGUUGCCGGAGACGAGCUUCACGCGCAGCAUCAGCAACCCCGAGGCGGUCAUGCGACGGCGCCGCCAGCAGAAGCUCGAGCGCAAGCUGCAGCAGUUCCGCAGCAAGGACGGCGGCCCCGACACCGGCGGCACGCUCAAGAUCUACGGCGAGGCGCUGUGCAAGGACGUGCCCUACAAGACGCUGCUGCUCAGCAUUCGCGACACGGCGGCGCAAGUGGUGCGCGAGAUGCUCGACAAGUACGGCCUCGACAAGGCCGACCCUCAGCAGUACUGUCUCGUCCAGGUCAACGGGGAGAAUGCAAGCGGAAACGAGUACAUACUCGACGAUGACGAGUGUCCCCUGGCCAUACUCAUGAACCAUCCGUCCACACGAGGAUCCAUCAUGUUUCACGUGCGUCGCAGACCGGCGGACUACGUGCCGCGCAAACGCAAGAAAAAGCCGGCGGGCAAGUGGAACGAGCUGGAGCACAGGUACGAGGACGAGCGGCUGCCGUUCCUGCUGGAGCUCAACCCGGACGGCAGCGAGGUGAGCAGCGGCGCGGGCGUGCGUCACCGGCUGCAGCCCAACGUCACCGAGGUGGGCAGCGAACGGCCCGUGGGCCCGCAGGCCCUGCAGACCCAGUGCAUCACCCUCGCCGGGCCCACCGUUAUGCCGCGCCACUGCGUCAUCGCCUUCACCGAGAACAUCGUCACGCUCACGCCCUGCUCCAGGGACGCGCACACCUUUGUCAACAACAGCAGGAUACAACAGACCACCAUCCUCCAGAACGGGGCGAUCAUCAAGUUUGGCCGGAUGCACACCUUCCGAUUCAUCGAUCCGGUGCCGGAGGAGCGCGUGCGGCAGCGCCACGACUCCGCUCGCGCCCUCGACACCUACGCCUACGACAGACGCUCGCCGGACAGUAGCAGCCAGCAAGAGAUCAACUCGGAGAAGUACCGGCCGGGCUCGGGCAUGGGCGCGACCACGCCGAACGGCGCGCACAGCCCCGCCAAGCCCUCGAGCCCGAGCAAGUCGGCCGCGGGGCCGCGCAGCCCCACCAGGGCCAGCCAGGCGGCCAGCGAGUCGGCCACCCACAACUACGAGACCACCUUCGACCUGGACGGCAACGUCGAGACCGCCAGCCUGUCCAGCAGCCGCGACGGCCACAGGUACUGUAGCCGCGCUCGCAACCAUCGCGUACCCGUCCACCGCACCGCCCUGUUUUUCCGUUCGUUUUCCCGUCCCCCCGGCUGCCUCCGAUCCUUUUUUGUUUGCCCGCGCCGCUUGCGUCAAUAUGUGUUGUGCGCACUGUGUGUAGAAAACAACCAGACGAACCGAAAAAAUCAAAGCAAAAAAAAAAAGAAACUGAAAAAGCUCAGCGAUGAAACCACGACGACGAACGAGCGGCGCGUGUGGAGGCCUGCUGAAUAAUUUGCAGGUAAGCCG